AUGUCGAAGGGAUUCAACGUUCCCCCAGUUGUUUUCCCCUCAGGCGGAAACCCAGGACAAUCAGGAACUCUUCAACGUCGUCCAACGGCGCCGUUUCAACCUCGACAGAGCACAAACCCAAUCCCCUUCAUGUCCUUCGACAUAGGCUCAGCAACGACGUCGUUCCCUGCCCCACAAUUCGGCUCGGGAUCAUCCUCAAAAUCAAUCUCAAACUUCGACGACGAACCACCACUUCUAGAAGAACUCGGAAUCAACACAAAACAGAUCUGGAACAAAACGACGUCGAUCCUGAACCCGUUCCGCGUGGCGAAGCCCAAUCUCCACGAGGAAGCGGAUCUAUCAGGACCCGUUUUGUUAGUUAUGGCAUUCGGGUUGUUCCAGCUGUUAGCGGGUAAGAUCCAUUUCGGGAUCAUUCUCGGGUGGGUAACGGUUUCGGCGUUGUUUGUUUACGUUGUGUUUAACAUGCUUGCGGGUCGUAAUGGGACGUUGGAUCUGUAUCGGUGUGUGAGUCUUAUUGGUUAUUGCAUGUUGCCGAUGGUUAUGUUGUCGGCGUUGUCGCUGUUCCUUCCUCAAGGUGGGUUUGCAAUCUCCGCCGUCGCCGCCGUGUUCGUUAUGUGGUCCACCAGGGUUUGCACCACCUUAUUGGUUCAGGUUGCCACGUGGGAUGAACACCCUGGACUCGUUGCUUAUGCUUGCUUUCUUAUUUACACUUUGUUUUCGCUUCUUGUAGUCUUUUGA